AUGAGAAGCAGAAGCAACUCUGGAGUCCGCUUGGAUGGCUAUGCCCGACUGGUUCAACAGACCAUUUUAUGUCACCAGAAUCCAGUUACUGGACUGCUUUCGGCCAGCACGGAGGAAAAGGAUGCUUGGGUCCGGGACAAUGUCUACAGCAUUCUGGCUGUGUGGGGUCUGGGAAUGGCUUAUCGGAAGAAUGCAGACCGGGAUGAGGAUAAGGCAAAAGCCUAUGAACUUGAGCAGAAUGUUGUGAAACUGAUGCGGGGACUUUUGCAAUGUAUGAUGAGACAGAUGGAUAAAGUAGAGAAGUUCAAAUACACACAGAGUACCAAGGACUGCUUGCAUGCCAAAUAUAAUUCAGCCACUUGUGCCACAGUAGUAGGAGAUGACCAGUGGGGACAUCUACAAGUAGAUGCAACUUCCCUUUACCUGCUCUUCCUAGCACAGAUGACUGCAUCAGGAUUGCAUAUUGUAUUCACCCUUGAUGAAGUUGCCUUUAUACAGAAUCUUGUUUUUUACAUAGAAGCUGCCUAUAAAGUUGCUGACUAUGGAAUAUGGGAACGUGGUGAUAAAACCAAUCAGGGCAUCCCUGAACUGAAUGCAAGCUCUAUAGGCAUGGCCAAGGCUGCCCUGGAAGCAAUUGAUGAACUAGACCUUUUUGGAGCCCAUGGGGGGUGCAAGUCUGUGAUUCACGUCCUUCCUGAUGAAGUUGAACAUUGCCAGUCUAUUCUAUACUCCAUGUUGCCAAGGGCAUCCACGUCAAAGGAGAUUGAUGCUGGACUCUUGUCCAUUAUUUCUUACCCAGCUUUUGCAGUGGAAGACGUGAACGUUGUUAAUGCAACCAAAAGUGAAAUCCUCACCAAAUUGCAAGGGCGUUAUGGCUGCUCUCGCUUCCUUCGAGAUGGAUAUAAAACACCAAGAGAGGAUCCAAACAGGUUACACUAUGAUCCUGCUGAGCUCAAACUGUUUGAGAAUAUAGAAUGUGAGUGGCCAGUAUUCUGGACGUACUUCCUAAUUGAUGGAGUGUUUAAUGGGGACAAAAUUCAGGUUCAAGAGUACAGAGAGGCCCUGGAGGGAAUAAUUAUUAGAGAAAAGAAUGGAAUUCUUCUGAUGCCAGAGUUGUAUGCUGUCCCUCCAGACAAGGUGGAUGAGGAGUAUGAAAAUCCUCACUCAGUGGAUCGUCUCCCAGGUGGAAAGUUGCCUCAUCUCUGGGGCCAGUCUUUAUACAUCCUCAGUUCCCUAUUAGCAGAGGGGUUUCUAGUUACUGGCGAAAUUGAUCCCUUACAUAGGAGAUUUUCAACUGCUUUUAAACCUGAUGUUGUGGUGCAAGUAACUGUCUUGGCAGAAUCAAAUGAAAUUAAGGAAAUCUUGAGACACCAUGAAAUCAGUGUUCAGAGCAUUACAGACAUCUAUCCAAUCCGAGUGCAGCCAGCACGGAUCCUGAGUCACCUUUAUGCCAAGCUUGGCCGAAACAAGAACAUGAACCUGAGUGGCCGGCCUUACCGACACAUUGGUGUGCUUGGAACAUCCAAACUGUAUGUGAUACGGAAUCAAAUAUUUACUUUUACCCCUCAGUUUACUGAUCAUCACCACUUCUACCUGGCUCUAGACAAUCGGAUGAUUGUGGAGAUGCUCAGAACAGAGCUGGCUUACCUCACCUCUUGCUGGAGGAUGACUGGAAGACCAACCCUCGCUUUUCCCAUCACCCACACCAUGCUCAUCGAUGAUGGCUCUGACAUUGAUCCAGCAGUGCUUGCAACCAUAAGAAAAUUAGACGAUGGGUAUUUUGGAGGGGCAAGGGUAAAGCUAGGCAAACUGUCAGAUUUUCUUACCACCUCGUUCUAUACGCAUCUGAGCUUCCUGGAUCCAGACUGUGACGGAAAACUGUUCGAUGAUUCUAAUGAUGGCUGUGAUAGUCCUGAAAGUGGAUAUGAAUUAGAAGUGUAUCCAGAUGAUUUAUUUGACAAAGAAAGCCAAGAUGAGCUGGACCAGUAUAUAAACGAUAUGCUGCAAAGCACAGCGCAUAAGUCCUACCUGCCUCCAACUUCAAAGGAUGCUAAUCAGCUUCAUAUGUUCAGUGCUGUUCACUCCAUGCGAGAGAUACUGUCAAUAAUGGCCAAGGCAAAGGGUUUGGAUGUUCCAUGCGCUUCGAUGACUCUUCCAACUAAAGUUUUGAACACUCACCGGAAAUCUCUGAAUCUCGUUGAUUCCCCACAUCCUCUUGAAGUGAAGGUUCCUGAAGCUGUUUUGCACUUACCCAAAGAUGAUCAUGGUGAUUUGGAUUGUGAGAAGUUAGUUGAACAGCUGAAGGAGUGCCCAACUCUACAUGAUCAAGCAGAUAUAUUAUACGUCUUGUAUGUAAUAAAAGGCCCAGACUGGGAUACAGAGCUGAAUGGCCAGUAUGGAGUCACCAUUCAUUGUCUGCUCAAUGAGCUCUACAGCAAGGCAGGCCAGAACCAAGAGUGGGGGUUAAUUCGUUACAUCUCUGGCAUACUCAAAAAGAGAGUGGAAGUUCUGGCUGAGGCAUGCACAGACCUUCUGUCACACCACAAGCAACUUACAGUGGGCCUGCCACCUGAGCCGCGUGAAAAAACUAUUACCGCCCCUCUGCCACCUGAAGAGUUGUCAAAGCUUAUUUAUGAAGCCAGUGGGCAAGACAUCAGUAUUGCAGUCCUUACCCAGGAGAUAGUGGUGUAUUUGGCUAUGUACGUCAGGUCACAGCCCAGCCUUUUUGCAGAGAUGCUCAGACUCCGCAUUGGACUAAUAAUUCAGGUGAUGGCUACUGAGCUGCUUCGCAGUUUGAACUGUUCAGGUGAAGAAGCCUCAGAAAGUUUAAUGAAUCUAAGCCCCUUUGAUAUGAAAAAUCUCCUGCACCAUAUUUUGAGUGGGAAAGAGUUUGGCGUUGAAAGAAGCAUGCGGCCUCUAGAUUCCUCUACCUCCAGCCCUGCAAUUUCUAUUCAUGAAGUGGGGCACACUGGAGCAACUAAAACAGAAAGAAGUGGCAUUACUAGACUGAAGAGUGAAAUGAAACAGAUGAAUAGGAGGUCAUCUGCUGAUGAAAAGUUCUUUUAUGGGGGCCAUUCCAUGUCCAGCAGCAUGCAUGCUUCCAGGUUCACGAGGGGCAGUAUUCCAUCAUCUCCCACUAGGACUUCAUCUCCUACAGGGUCUACUGGAAAUGACAUCAGCUGGGGUGAUCGCCAAGGGCAAUGGCUCCGCAGAAGAAGGCUUGAUGGUGCCAUUAACAGAGUUCCUGUAGGGUUCUAUCAAAAAGUAUGGAAAAUCCUUCAGAAGUGCCAUGGCCUGUCCAUUGAUGGCUAUGUCCUUCCUUCUUCAACUACAAGAGAGAUGACCCCUUGUGAAAUCAAGUUUGCUGUGCAUGUGGAGUCAGUGCUGAACCAUGUACCCCAGCCUGAAUACAGACAGCUGCUGGUGGAAGCUAUUCUUGUUCUCACACUGCUGUCGGACAUAGAGGUGACCAGCAUUGGGGGCAUAAUCCAUGUGGAUCGAAUAGUGCACGUAGCUAACGAUCUAUUUCUUCAGGAACAGAAAUCACUUGGAGGAAAUGAUGACUUCUUGGAGCGAGACCUCGCCACAGGAAUUUGCCACUUUUUCUAUGACAGUGCUCCAAGUGGGGCAUAUGGAACUAUGACAUACUUAACGAAAGCUGUAGCCACCUAUUUACAGGAUUUCCUGCCUAGCACAGGCUGCCUGAUGCAAUAG